AUGAAAGCUCAGUUAGCUCUCAUGGAUGAUCGACCUGACGACUGUCCUCCUUGUUUCAAUUGUUUACUACCAGCAUUCACUUGCGGACAAUACUCUGACUGCAAUCAAUUCAAUGGCAAAUGCUCCUGUCCACCAGGAUUCGGUGGCGAUGACUGUCUCCAACCAGUUUGUGGUUCUUUAGCAGAUGGCCAGGAUCGACCGAUGCGAACAACGGACUCGUGCGCCUGCGAAGAUGGCUGGACUGGAAUCAACUGUAAUGUCUGUACGAACGACAAAGCAUGUAAUGCUUUAAUGCCCGAAAAAGAAGGGGGCGUCUGUUAUCAAAAUGGCGAGGUUGUGAAGGAGAACUAUCAGAUGUGCGACGUUACAAACAGAAAGAUUGUGGAUAUUUUGGAUGGGAAGAAGCCCCAGGUUACUUUUACCUGCAACGCCGAAGUAGAAACCUGCGACUUCCAAUUUUGGGUUGACGAAAAAGAGUCGUUUUACUGUUCCUUGGAUACUUGUACAUCGGGAGCCGAAAACGAUUACGAUCGAAACUCGACCAGCACGAACUGUGAAAACAUUGCUUGCAAGUGCGUUCCGGAUCGAAUGCUCUGCGGUGAAAAUGGAUCGGUUGACAUCUCGGACUUCCUUGACCAAGAAAUUCGAGGCCCUGCGACUUUCAAUUGCGAACAGAAAGAUGGAAGUAAUGAAUGUACCUUCAAGGAACCUCAGAUGGAUUUGCUCAUUCAACAAAUGUUUGGGGAUAGUAGUAUCUUCAUCAACUGCCAGGCUGGAGAAUGUCUUUACGAGACCGAGGUUCCAGGAUAUGAACGUCCUAUCAAGAAAAUCAACACACCUUUGAUCGCAGGUGUCAUCGCUAUUGCAUCCCUUUUUGUUGUUGGCGUUAUUCUGCUAGUUUGGUACCUAUCUCGAAGGCAAUUCAGAUACGGCCCAAUUCAUCUAGACGAUUCCGAUGAUGAGAGUAUCAAGCUAAUGACUGAUCAUAAACCGGCCUCCUUGUACUUCGAAAACGUCUCAUACAAUCUAAAUGGAAAGCAGAUCCUAAGCGGUGUUCAAGGAGUAGCUCACCCUGGCGAGAUUAUGGCCAUCAUGGGUGCUUCUGGAGCUGGUAAAACCACCUUUCUGGAUAUUCUUGCUCGCAAGAACAAGCGAGGCGUCGUACAUGGGAACUUCUUUGUCAAUGGCGAGAAGGUCACAGAUAAUGAGUACAGAAGUGUCAUCGGAUUUGUGGAUCAAGAAGAUGCUAUGUUACCUACCCUUACCGUUCAUGAAACGAUCAUGACCAGCGCUCUUUUGAGAUUGCCAAGAGAUAUGGGAAGAUUGGCCAAGGAACAGAAGGUCUUCGAGGUUGAGCGACAGCUUGGAAUUUCUCACAUCAAGGAUUCUUUGAUCGGCUCUGAAGAUGGCAAGGGUCGCGGCAUAUCUGGUGGCGAAAAGCGUCGAGUUGGUAUAGCUUGUGAGUUGGUAACAAGUCCAAGUAUAUUGUUCCUCGACGAGCCAACGAGUGGUCUUGACGCAUACAACGCAUUCAACGUUAUCGAAUGUCUCGUCAACCUAGCUAAAACCUACAAAAGAACGGUCAUCUUCACUAUUCAUCAACCAAGAUCUAAUAUUGUGGCUUUGUUCGAUAGAUUAUUACUGCUUGCAAAAGGAAGAACCGUUUACUCUGGCGAGUUCAAUCUCUGCCAAGAGUACUUCGAUCAUAUCGGCUACUCAUGUCCACCUGGAUUCAACAUUGCUGAUUACUUGGUUGAUUUGACAAUGCACGUUGGCACUCCUCGCACCCCAAUCGAUGAUACUACAUCCGACUUUAGACACGGCGUUGCACCAAGCGUUGGCGCAAGCAGUACUAGGGCGGUGAAAUCAAUUGCAAGUAUUUCUGGUGGUAGCAUAGAAGAGGCUGUCGUUGGUAGCCCAAGUGAGUCUCUAUUAAGACCUAGAGGCAAACGUCGUGACUCUGUAAAGGCAAGGCAAGAACGGGAACUUUUUACUCGCAAGAAGAGCGGGGUUGACACCCCUAAUUCUCAACAUGAUGAGGCGCCUGUUGAUCCAGAUGGCAAUCAACAUUGGCUCAGAAUGUCGAGACAACAUUCUUCAAUAGCCGAAGAUCCAGAUAAUUUGCCGCCAGAUGCACCCGGAUCCGGAACAGAUUUGGAUGGUCUGGUCUCGGCUUAUGCACAUUCACCAAUCGCACGGGAUCUUCAAGAUGAUCUUAAACAUGCUGUAUCUGCCGCACAAAAUGCUAAUGGCAGCAUGAAUGGUCAUUUACAGGAGAACAGCACAUCAACCAUAAGUAUUAUGGGCAGAGGAUAUGCAAGGAUUGGAUACCUUCGACAAUUCGUGAUUCUUUCACAACGUACAUGGCGUAAUCUCUAUAGAAACCCUAUGUUGAUGUUAACACACUACGCAAUCGCGAUAUUAUUGGCUGUUCUCUCUGGAUUCUUAUUUUACGGUCUCACUGACGAUAUUCCAGGCUUCCAGAACCGUCUGGGGUUGUUCUUCUUCAUCCUAGCACUUUUUGGCUUCAGUACUCUCUCCAGUUUGAACGUCUUUGCUACCGAGCGUAUGGUGUUUGUCAGAGAAAGAGCAAACGGUUACUAUUCGCCUAUCACAUAUUUUUUGGCAAAAGUUGCGUUCGACAUCGUGCCACUUCGCAUUAUCCCCCCUCUAAUUAUGGGCUCUAUUCUAUACCCCAUGACUGGACUUGUAGCCGAAGCCCCCAACUUCUUCAAAUUCCUCCUCAUCCUUGUCCUAUUCAACCUCGCCGCGGCUGCCAUUUGUCUUUUCCUUGGUAUCGUCUUCAAAGAUAACGGCGUCGCAAGUCUCAUUGGAAGUCUCGUCAUGCUCUUUAGUCUCCUCUUCGCCGGUCUCCUCCUCAACCACGACGCCAUCCCUAAAUCUGCCCUUUGGCUACAAUCUCUGUCCAUAUUCCAUUACGGAUUCGAAUCUCUCAUCGUGAACGAAGUCACCUAUCUGACGCUUGUCGACCAGAAAUAUAAACUCGAUAUCACUGUUCCCGGCGCGGUAAUUCUGAGUAGUUUCGGGUUUGACACGCAGGCGUUCUGGCCAGAUGCAAUCAAUCUGGCAAUUUUCGCCGGUGCUUUUAUCUUCUUGGCAUAUGUGGCGAUGCAUUUCUUGUUGGUGGAGAGACGGUAA